UUGUAUUCGUUUUUGAGUUUCCAACAAUAACCAAUUUUGAUUAGGAGUGAGAAACACCUAUGGGGCGAUGACUCAUGUCAUUCAAACAAUUCGUGGCUUAGAAAAUGAGAAAAGAGAAGAAAAGAAAAGAAGAGAAUAAACGCUGAAGUAAAGUGGUUGAAGUAGCAUAAUCAUUGUUCAUUCCAUUUCCGCAGACCAAAAUGGCAGAAGAACAGAUAGCGAAGGGAGAAGAAUUUGCAAGGAAAGCAGAGAGGAAAAUCUUCUGUGGUUGCUGCGCUGUUCUUGGUUCCAAUUAUGAAGAAGCCGCUGAACUCUUCAAGAAAUCCGCAACUUCCUUCAAACUCGCCAAAUCAUGGGACAAAGCAGGUUCAGUGUACAUCAAAUUGUCUAAAUGCCAUAUGAAGUUAGAUAGCAAGUAUGAAGCUGCAAAUGCUUAUGUAGAUGCUGCUCAUUGCUAUAAGAAGAUAUCCACAAAAGGAGCAAUUCCAUGCUUAAAACAAGCAGUAACUCUCUUCACAGAGGUUGGUAGACACGUCAUGGCUGCAAAGCAUUGCAAGGAAAUCGGCGAACUAUAUGAGCUUGGCCAAGAUGCGGAGAACGCUAAAACAUAUUUUGAGAGGGCUGCUGAACUUUAUGAACCCGAGGAUGCGACAACAACUGUGAUCCAGUGCAAAGCAAAGGUUGCACAAUUUUCUGCCCAACUUAAAGAAUUUCAGAAGGCAAUGAAGAUUUACGAAGAUAUUGCCCGACAAUCACUCAACAGUAAUUUGCUGAAAUAUGGAGUUAGAGGAUAUCUUCUUAACUCUGGCAUUUGCCAGCUUUGUCUAGGGGAUGUUGUUGCAAUUAACAACACCUUGGAGCGCUAUCAGGACUUGGAUCCAACAUUCUCCAGAACUCGUGAAUACCAAUUUUUGGCUGAUUUGGCUGCUUCAAUUGAUACUGAAGAUGUUGAAAAGUUUACUAGAGCAGUCAAGGAGUUUGAGAGUGCGACCCCGUUGAUACGUAAAUGGACCGAGUUCACACAUGAUUCAAGACGGCAUUCAAUGAUGUGUUUGAUUCAUGUAUCCGACCCCACCUAGUUGGACAGAGUUUUGUUAAUUUUGUUGCUAUAUUGUUUUGUAUUAUGCAUCUUCUCCUCCUUCCAUUUACAAACCUCAAUACCUUUGUGAUAGGGUUCAAUGGCGUUGUCUGGUCCAUGUAACUGACCCCAACUAGUGAGAUAAGGCUUUGUUGUUGUUGUUGUCAAUACCUUUGUGACCUUUACGGUGUCAAUUAUAUCCCAUUUCUUAAAAAAUCAUGUUUCUAUACGUUGUUCUAGUUAAUUGAAUGGACAUUUUUUUAAUAUUUAAGGUGUCAAAAGCCAAAAUUUUCUUUCAGUUUCAUCUAGAGACACAUUUAUCCUCCUAUCAAAGUAGUACAUGAUUCUCAUGUUACAU